UAGCCAGGAAUGGGUGUUGGCUGCAGCGCAAUGCAGCAGGAGCAGCCCAGAGCCAAUGGAGGUCUGGCUUGGCACUCCUGAAGAGACACCACAAGUCAUCUCUGCUGCUAAAGUGAUCCCCCAUGAGCGGUUCAACAACUACACCCUGGACUUUGACAUCAUGCUCCUCAAGCUCACACAGCCAGCUGCUCUGAAUGGGUGUGUGCAGCCCAUCAGCUUGCCCCAGCAAUGUGCUGCAGCUGGGACACUGUGCCUCACAUCGGAAUGGGGCAGCAACAACCUGAACAGAAGAGAUGGUCCUCUGCAGUGUUCGAAUCUAACCAUUGCAUCCAAUGCCAUGUGCAACAAUGCCUAUCCAGGAAGGUUCACAGAGAGGAUGCUCUGUGCUGGGCAGCUGGACGGUGGCCAAGACUCCUGCAAGGGAGAUGUAGGCAGCCCACUGGUGUGUGGAGACGCUCUGCAGGGACUGCUGUCCUGGAACAACAGCUGUAGCGAGGAGAACCAGCUGGGACUUUACACCAAGAUUUGUGCCUUUGGAGCCUGGAUCCACUACACAAUCACCAACAACUGA